AUGCCUGCCACCGAUCGACUCAGGAAAGUCGCUGAUACUCUCUCGUCGAACCCGAUUUCGUCUUCUGUGUUGCCGCAUACCAUGUCUGCUCGUGUGCAAGUCGCUGAUCAGCUGCCCUGGGACCCGACCUGCGUCAGGUUCCCGUCGCGCAGGGAGUUGCCAAAGCUGACCGAGGCCCCCGAGGAUGCGGCGUGGGUGUGGGGGGAGGAUGAUUCGCUUGGACGGUUGAAUCUGCUUACUCCGGAGCGGGUGAAAGCGGCGGCGGCGGAGAUUACAACAGGGGAGAUGGUCCGGUUGGAUCUUCCACUGACUAUCCCCGAGGCACCUUCCUUUGGCCGAGAAGCCUUCCAGCAUAAGAUCAAGCUCCUGAUCGAGGGUGUGGCAUAUGAUGAUACAUACACCCUGAACACGCAGAGCGGGACGCAAUGGGAUGGUUUCCGUCAUUUCUCGCACAUCGACUCCCAAGCCUUCUACAACGGGACCAAAUCGUCCGACAUCGUCGGCGAAAACGCCAACCUCCGCUGCAGCAUCCACCACUGGGCCGAGCACGGCAUCGCCGGCCGCGGAAUCCUCCUCGACUACCGCCACUACGCCAACACCCACGGCAUCAGCUACGAUCCGUACACAGCGCACGCGAUCUCCUUUGCUGACCUGCAAGCCUGUGCCACGGAGCAGGGGAUCGACCUGCACCCCGAGUCGCAAGGUGGCGACAUCAAAGUCGGCGACAUCCUGAUGGUGCGCUCCGGGUUCGUCGAGCGGUACCAUGAGCUCAGCCCUGAGGCGCGGGCGGCGGCCGGCGAACGCGCGUUCGACGACAUCGAGUGGGCGGGCCUGAAGCAGGAGGAGGCGGUGCUGGACUGGCUGCACGACUGCUACUUUGGUGCGGUGGUGGGCGACUCGCCGACCUUUGAGCGCUGGCCGGCGCCGGGGAACAGGCACCUGCAUCAGCAUAUCCUGGCGUUGUGGGGGAUGCCGCUGGGGGAGAUGUGGGAUCUGGAGAAGCUGGCGGCCAAGUGUCGGGAACGGGGGAGGUGGACGUUCUUUGUGACCAGUGCCCCGGCGAAUGUUGCAGGGGGUGUUGGAUCUCAUGCGAAUGCGACAGCCAUUUUGUAG